AACCCCGCCCCCAGCCGGGCGGUUGCUAUGGCACGGCGAUGACGCCAUCAGGGUCCGCCGGAAGUAUUGCUCCCUGCCGCGCAAGUGCGUUGCCUGUGGGAGGGCGAACCCGGAAGCGCGGGGGGGGAGCGGCGGCAGCAGCGAUGGGUUGCGAUGGCGGCACCAUCCCCAAGCGGCACGAGCUGGUGAAGGGGCCGCGGAAGGCCGAGAAGGUUGACAAAAAUGCUGAAUUGGUGGCACAAUGGUAUUACUGUACUCUGAGCCAAGAGAAAUUAUGUCGACCAAUUGUAGCCUGUGAGCUAGGCAGGUUGUAUAAUAAAGAUGCUGUCAUUGAAUUUUUGUUGGACAAGUCAUCUGAUAAAGCUCUUGUGGAAGCUGCAUCACAUAUCAGGAGCAUUAAGAGUGUUACAGAACUAAACCUUGCAGAUAAUCCAGCUUGGAGUGGUGAUAAAGAGAGUAUAAAAGGUGAUAAAUAUGAUGACAUCCAAUGUGGGCGCUUUAUAUGCCCUGUGGUGGGCUUGGAAAUGAACGGAAGGCAUAGGUUUUGCUUCCUGCGAAACUGUGGCUGUGUGUUCUCUGAACGUGCUCUCAAAGAAAUCAAAACAGAAGUUUGCCACAGGUGUGGUGUUCCCUUUCAAGAGGAAGAUGUGAUUAUCCUUAAUGGUAAUAAAGAAGAUGUGGAAAUAUUGAAGAAAAGGAUGGAGGAUAGAAGACUUAAAAGUAAACUAGAAAAGAAAUCAAAGAAAUGCAAGUCAGCAGAAUCAGCUUCUCAGGAGGAUACCAAUGAAGAUUCUGCAGGUCCGUCAAAGGUUAAGAAUGGAAAAGAUUGUUUCAAUUCCACUUCUAGAGAAAAGAGGCAGAUUAUAUUCACCAAAAGUUCAGCAGAUAAUGGAAGUUCAUCUGUACCAGGAAAAGUCAAUAAAGGUUCUUCCAGUACUACGAAAAGAUCCAUCGCAGACAGUGAGGAGAAAUCUGAGGCAUACAAAUCUAUUUUUACAUCACACAGCUCAGCAAAACGCUCAAAGGAAGAGUGUUCCAAUUGGAUUACUCACACAGCAUACUAUUUCUGAAACAAUGAUGUGCCUGAUUGUAACAUUCAUUACCACUUUCCUUCCCUAAGGCUUUUUCUAUACAACUCUGAUAAAGAACAUUUGUUGUAAUCUGAUGUUAUCUGGAAUUAUUCAGUUUGCAAGUUGUUUAUAAACUUGUGAAUAGCUAAUGAAUUUGUGUUAGUUUUAACUUCUAUUAAAUAAGAAAUAGAUGAACAAAAACCGUGUUCUAUCAGCAGACCUCAUUUUAAAAUGAGGGAUUAUUUACACAAAAUAGAUUUUUUUUUUUUCCUGGGUGGAUGCCAUCAUUCUUAGUCACACUAGAUCGUGUCCUCAGUAGUGGGGACAGAGGAUAGGAGGAUCUGCCUAAUGUUCCCUGCUAUUGAUAUUUACUGAAGCUGUAAUUGCAGUUUUCAUUGUAGUAGUCCAGAAGUCUAAACUUUUUGAAACUUUUUGAUAGUAAUUAGAGCAAUAAUACUUUGUUUUACUAGCUAUCUGGGCCCUCAAUACAACAAAUAUACAUUUCUUAAAGUUUCCGUAGGUAUUUUCAAGUAAUGUACAUUUUGAUGGAAUAUAUGAAAGCAUAGCCAUCUUGAAAAUAUUUGCAAAAUAUUCUUAUUGUACAUAUUAUUGUAGUCUGCUUUUAAAAGCAGGAUAUAUACUCAUAAAUCAUUAUAUAUAAAUAUGGACCUGUAAUUGCAUGGUAUUUUUUCACAAAAAAUCUUAGGGAUUUUGUUGUUAGUAGUAUUUGUUUUAAAGUUUGAAGCAUCAAGUCUAAGUUUCCCUCCUUUUGUUAGAGGCUUAUAAUAGAGUGGAAGAAAAGUGUGAGCUUCCUUCCUCUUCCGCUGAAACAGUGAGGCUCUGUGUACAUCUCUGAGAGGAAUUUGCCAUUCUGACCUGAAUUCAGGCUUUCAGCUUAAAUGAAGAAUAUGAGCAUUUGCACAGGGGGAGAGAAAAUUGUCUUGAAACAGAGUAGAGGGGCAGGCAGAUCCGAACUGGCUUCUAAGGAGAAAGGAUUUGGCAUGAGUAUCACACGAGUCAGAAACCCAUUGGCAGUUGUUGGAGGGAACCCUUGAAGGCUGAAGUUAGCUUCUUUGACCAUUUCUCUCCUUCUGCAGGCCACUGAAAUGUGCUGCUUUCAGAACAUCUGUGGUACACAUUGUUUUAUUUUCUGACCUAAAAUUCUUAACAGCGAACAACUAUUUGACUUAAUUUCUUGUUAUACAAAGAUGCAAAGUAUAUUAUGUUUUGCUAUAGUACAAGUUUUGCUUCUAUAUUGAUGCAUAUUAUCCCUGUGACUUUGAUUUAAAUAAAAUUUGCGGCUCUCACAUGACCAUAACACUUUAUGUUAAGCUGAACAGAUAAACAGAUGUUCAUUUUGCCAGCAUUAGAACAGAAUAACUUACUAAUUUUAGUUAUCAUGUAUUAUCAUGGGCUUUUUGGGAGCCUUUUUAUUCUUAGAAUUUUUCAAACAUACUUUUAAAGUGUCCAUUGCAAUGAUUUUGUGACUGAAUGAUGCUUGAAUCCAAUAAUAUCUGCAUGGCAUGAUCAGAGGGAAGGCUGGAAGCUUUUCACCUUCCUUUCUUCCUCUUUUUGAAUUAAAAUCUGCUUUUAUAAUUGUGGUUCAAACUAACCAGAAUAGAAGUGUUAAAAAAAAAAAAAAAAAAAAAAAAGAAAGAAAGAAAGAAAAGGAGGCUUUUAAAACCACUGCAUGAUAUUGCAUUGUUACUUUUUUGUGUGAAAAUGAUUAAUUAUCCUCAUAAUUUAUUUUUAAAAGUGUCCCCCUUUAUAAUUGGCAAUAGUUAACUGGAAAUUGAAAUGUUGUGUUUAUACCUGCGUAGGUGGUCUUCAUGGUUCAAGUGUGUUGAAUGAAACUGCUCAGAUUUUAUUAUUAUUUUGAUAGGUAUAAUUAAAAACUGGCUUGUUGUAGCAUUUA